AUGCUUAAUCGUUCAAGAGAGGAUUUUAAAAGGGCACUCACUAGAGCCGAUGGCUGGGCCUUACGGCUUACCCCAUAUGACUAUGUGGUUGAAUAUGUCGAAGGAAGGUUCAACAUAGCCGAUCCAUCGUCACGUCUGUAUGAUGGACACGAUGGAGCUUUCAAUGAAACAGCGAUUCCAUGGGAGAUCGCGAAACUAGAGGCUAACGCUGUUGGUUUCUUGACAGAAGAAGAAAUUAAGAAAGCAACUGUAGUGGACAGCACCCUAACUCAAGUAUCGUUAGCCCUAGAAACCGGAAUUUGGCCAAAGCACUUACGGAAAUUCGAAGUACUGGCUGAUAAUCUUCACACCAUGGACGGAUUAAUAACCAAAGAAGGACGUGUGGUUAUUCCGGAAGCUCUUCGCCCUAAGGCUCUGGAAGUUGCUCAUGACGGUCACCCGAUGGCUGGGAAACUAAAAACGAUACUCAGAGAGCGUGUGUGGUGGCCUGGAAUGACGAAGGAUGCUGAGGAGUGGGUGAAAUCUUGUCAAACAUGUGCCACCAACGGAAAUCCUGAAAGAACCACCCCUAUGCAACGUAUAUUUGCCCCCAAAAAUAUAUGGGAAACAAUCGCCGUAGAUUUCAACGGGCCAUACUCAAGGUUUGGUGGAAUCUACAUACUGGUAUUAGUUGAGUACAGAUCUAGAUAUAUAAUUGCCCACCCGGUGAAAUUGACCAGCUUUGAAUAUACAAGAAGUGUAUUGGACGAUAUAUUUUACAGAGAAGGAUUUCCUAAAAACAUCAAGACCGAUAAUGGCCCGCCCUUCAAUGGUCAAGAAUUUUCUCAAUACUGUGCUGAUCGGGGGAUUAAGACUGUUUACUCGACUCCGCUGUUUCCCCAGCAAAACGGCCUUAUUGAAAGGUACAUGAAACUCAUCAAUAAGGCCAUGAUAACUGCUGCCUCAAAUGGAACCCACUAUAUGGAUGAACAUAAAGCCGCUGUCAAAGCUCACAAUUGUGCAGCUCAUGCGGUUACAAAAGUCGCACCGGAAGUGUUGAUGAAUGGCAGAAAAAUUCACCGCGGACUUCCACUUUUGAUGCGGGGCAAGGUAAACGUUCAAGAUGAAUUGAUCGACCAACGAGAUCAAGAAGCUAAGCUGGAAGGUAAGAAACGUGAAGAUACUCGUCGGGGCGCCAAGGAGUGCCAUGUCCUACCAGGACAUCGUGUCAUCGUUGCGAGACAUUCCCGCGCAAAAGGUGAUAGUAGAUUUGAUCCGAAGAAAUUUACUGUUAUGGAACAGUCCAACGGUAAUUUGCUACUUUCUGAUGACGACGGUUAA